GCUUUUUUUAUGGACGGCUAUCCCCCAGGUUCGCUGUUGGGAUAUAUUGCGGAUCCAGGUGUCCGGGAUUCUUGUCCCGUCCUCUAUGCGACGCAACGGGCGACAAGUUAAGAUUUCCGUCCAACCUCUGCUGGGUAGAUAUGUUAUUAAUGAACGUCGAUAUAUUGUCAAUGAUUAUUGUGACCAUGCCAUCUUCGCAGAAACAACAAUUAUCGUAGCGACAACACCUUCGGACUUGAUAAUGGAUAUGAGCGCCACUUCGACGGCGGAAGGCAAUGCCUGCAAGACAUCAAUAUGCUCACCGUGUUUUAAUAAUAAAUAACCUGAGACUUAAUAAGAACAGAUGCUUUGGGAUUGGUACACUAUCGACUCCUGUAUCCUCGCGCGCUCAUGGCAUAAUACCACUCCCGGUAUGUUCGCCGGGUCUUGCGUCGGCAUUGUUCUGUUUACAAUGACCUUGGAUCUCUUACGCCGCACUGCGAAGGAGUACGAUAGAUAUCUCGUUCGAAAACACGCUUCAGCCGCCAUGGCCGCGUCUACGGCUCCUCCUAAAGAUGGCAGCGAUGAGAGUACGAUGGAAAGCCCGACAUCUACCCACCAAGGCGCAUUGCAAAUAAAUAGAUUCAGGCCAACGAUGUGCGAGCAGACGAUUAGAGCGUUGUUUCACAUGGUCCAGUUUGCGGUGGCGUAUUUCAUUAUGUUACUCGCAAUGUAUUAUAACGGCUACGUCAUCAUGUCCAUCUUCGUCAGCGCUUAUAUUGGCGCAUUUAUCUUCCGCUGGGAACCUUUGGGUGAAGGAUGUGGUGUGACGAGUACAAGUAAGGAACCGACCGUGUGUUGUGGAUAGUGUUACUAUUCAGGUCUUUGUGGCACGCUGGUAGGUAUAUCAUUAUAUCAUUUUCGUGAUACGGGGGGUUUGCGGGAGUCGUAGGAUGAAGAUCGGUUGGGUACGGUAAUAGAAGGGUAGGUAUUUAAGGGGUUUGAUAGACUGGAAUCAUAUUUCUUCGUUGUAAAGCGGCUUUACUGUAGGGAAUAGUUGGGAAUCGCUUAAUUUUGGAAUAAAAGUCUGUAUAAUAACACAAUUAACCUUUGCAAUAAAGAUUUAAUUAUAGGG